AUGUUACCAACUGACUCUGUCAAACUACUCGAAUCGAUAACCGGGCUGGAAGAGGAUAGCGAAAACCAUGCCAAUGAACUUUCAUACAUUCUUGGACACCAGCCUCUAGCACUAUCAACAGCAGCUAUCUACAUCGAAAGUGUGCGCGAAGGUCCACCAAAGCGUGCAGACUAUGGAUAUCCGGAUUACAUAUCUGAGUUUAAAAGAGAUAUUACCUCUCUUGGAAUGGAAGAAGAAAUUGAGUGGCGAGAAAGUGACGCUUCGAAAUAUUCAAUUCCAAUGUACACGGCAGUUCUCAAAGCUGUGAAUCUUAGCGCGCAAAAUGACCCCGUGAUUCGAGACCUCGCUUGUAUUGGUUACACCGACACCUCCCCACUUAGUUUGGCAUAUGUGUUGGAUUUUUUGAAAAAGAAUUCCUACCAGCACUUCACAGAAGCUCAAAUUCGGAACUCUCUGAGAAACGUGCUCUUUAAGGUGGCAGGCAAAGAAGGAAAGCAAACCCUCUCUAGCCAUCAAGUGAUUCGUGAAGCUUUUCGACAGGUCUGCAAGGUAAGUAGCAAAAACCAAGACUGCCUUAACUCGACAUUUUGUAAUCUGACUGCCGUUGCCCCUUCAAGCAAUCCUGAAAGCCGUGUCUUACUACUGGGCAUUUUCUCAAGGCUCGCCUUAUCUCUUGAACACCAGCUGAACGCAACCAUCUCAAAUGUAUACAACACUACCUUGACAGACCCUAACAGCUCUUUUGGUUCUCAAUGUCUAGAAAUUUUGACCUCGAUGUGUGUCUUUUCUACGAAGGAACGCUUACAAGUAACCGAUGUCAUGUCAACCAUUUUUACAGAUACGUUUUUACGAUUUAUCUCGCACAGUUCAGGAUUCUCCGGGCCUGCCAUAAUAAAACCAGUAACAAACGUGUUCAGACUCAACGAAGUUGUAAAUCUGACAAACUUGCAGGCAAUCAGAGGUGACCGGUAUGAUUUGCAAAUAGUGCUCCUGGUAGUAUGUUUACACAGCGGAGCAACAAGGUCAAAAAAUGAAGAUCUCAUGAGGGCACUAAAUACAACUUCCACUGGGAUACUAAAAUUGGUGCCCAAUACAGAUAAAAGUAGAGACACGUCAGUUACAUUAAACCUUCUAGGGUCUAUGUAUCGAACUUUAGGCUAUCCCUACAAGUCAAAAGAUCUUCAUGAACUUGCAUUGGAUGUUAAUCGUAAAAGUGGGGGGCAAAAUUACAACCUCUUGAAAGACAACGCAAGUAAAGGCCAAAUAGAGCAAAAGGAAUCUGUCCUUGAAAGAGCUACAACUUUUCAAAAACUUGGUGUUAUAUAUCGAUAUCUCGCCAAUUUAAGCCUCGCACAAGCAUACCACGAGGGCUCACUUAAAUUACUGCAAACAUUACUGAGCCCGAAUCAUCCCUACAUCGCAGGGUCUCUUCUCAACUUGGCAGUAGUGUACAGUCGUCAAGGGAAGCAUAGUGAGGCUCUGCAACUAUAUAAUCAGUCACUGGCAAUAUUGCAGCAAACAUAUGGCCCACGGCAUGCUUCUGUAGGCAGGGUCCUCAACACAAUGGGGCAAAGCAAAUGGGGCAAGCAAACCUGGGGUGAUGAUCACACCUCUGUUCCAACGACAUUGAACAGUCUAGGUGCAGCUUAUUGUGCGCUGAGACAGCCCCAACAGGCAGCGCACCUACACAUGAAAGCCCUUGAGACUCUCCUGAGAAUGGACAAAGGGAAUGCUAGGGAUCACCUUUUGGCAGAGACUAGACAUCUCCUCGGUAAUGCUUUUCUCGCCAUAGGAAAUUUUAGUGAUGCUAGGCUCAUGUAUGAUUUAUCGCAUUCUGGUUUUCGUAGCCUAUAUAAACCGGACCACUGGAGAGUCAAAGGUGUUCUGAAGAGUCUGAACUCCGUAGACUCUGUAUUGAACAAGUCUCCCUCCAUUGGGGCUUUAUUUGUUGUGGUCGGUGUAAGUACACUCAUUGCUUCAAUGAACGCUUUCUACGAUUACAGUUUAACCUCUCUACAACGGCCACUUUGGGGGCAGAACAAAGUGGCCGUUGUAAAGAGGUUUUAAAAAAGAGUCAAUGUAUGUGUUUUUUGUCCGCCGGGACGAAAAAAGUGGCCGUUCUUUAGCGGUGGUUCGACUGUACCCUUCAUUCAAAAUAAUUUUGUCUCGAGUGGGCUCAAUAUAGCGCAAGAAAGCUGACCAACUUUGAAAAUGCCCUGAUACUAGAGACAUAAGCAAUUUUUUUUAAAUUUGCUUAAUGACACGUCGGUAGAUUGCGCAAAGAAAAAAGACUGUAGUGAGCGUUAACCUACUUUGUCAUCUAUAAACACUCACAAACGCCCCUGAUGAUGGUUAGAAUUAUUUGACCCAAUUGUUCAGGGACACCCAACGGGAAAUUUUGAGAAAAAGACCUAAAAACAACAACAAAGCGUGAAUAAAGUUUUAUGAGACUAUUUUAAGCAUUUUGGGAGAUUGCUGGAAAAAAAAUUAUCUGUGCCUCACUCCCAGCAAGACUGAUGGAAGAGUUCCCAGCCAGCAACCUUACAACCUGCAACCUGACUUACUGGGAAGUUUCAUAGGGCCAAUUCAGAUCUUGAGUGGUAAGUAACCCAUACAAGUAACCCGUAGCAGCUAUUCUAGACUUCAAAUCCCCUCUGACACCCUGAAUUAUCUUUUUCCCAGCAACACUUUCCUUCCAAGGACUAUUAUUUCUCUCACAUCUCCCAGCCAGCAAAAAUGUGCCUGAAGAACAGAUAUUUUGAGGAACAGAUCCAUUGGGUGCCCCUGAUUGUUUGGCAAUAGAAUUACCCCAUGUCCAAUCCCCGAUCAGCUGAAGUUUAAUUUAGUUUGACCUCACUGAAUACGAGGUUAAACCUACAGUUUAAAGAAAAAUGCCAUGUCUUUUUAGGAAAAGCUUUGUUUCUAGUAUAUUGUUAUUUAUAUUUUUUAUUCCUGGUCUAGCAAACGCGGGUACACGAUUGUGUACUAGCUGUGUACUUGAUAUUUAAAUAAAGCCUAUUUCAUAUAUUGUAUCACGCUCUUUCAGUAUUCUAACAAGACAAUAAUUAUGAAUAAUUAUGUUUACGCGUUUAAUGUAUGCCACCCUAGCUGGUGGACCAAAAAUCACUAUACGUUUGUAGCAUAACAAUUCAGGCGAUAGAAUGAAGUCAAACGAUGUGCUGAACGAAACGAAAGACUUGACGACUGUCAGUAUUAGGAUCCUAAAUCAGUUUUGGAUCCGACACUCCACUCAAGAAAAACUGUGCAGUUCGGAACUUUGA